UAUUUGAAAUUGCAGAAAAGCGAUUGAGGUGCGUGUGCGAGGUGCUCCUUCCCCAAUCACUUGGUGGGUUUUUCAAGAUACCAUCGGGUUCUCCACACCAGUCUGCCACAAACGAGUCUCGCACCUCAACAGGCACGCAUCGAACUCUCCUCGACUUUCAACAUUACCGACACUCAAGUGACACUCAAAUUUCAAAAAUUUUUUGAAGACUAAUAUCAAAAUUACAAUGAAGUUGUCCCUGGUGCUAUACGUUCUCGUACUCCUGGGAUUCGUUAGAUGCAGUCCAAUCGUCAAGAGGGAUACCAACGAAAUAAGCCCAAUAAAUGAGGUUUUUGUGCUUGAGGAGCAAGGUGAUACUGCCAAUGAGGAACACGGAGACCGGGAGAAACGAAAAAUCGGUAUAGUCAAGUUGGGAGUAACCAAUGGAAUUAUUGGUUUUGUAUUCGGAAAACUUGACUCCUUCCUUGACGCUAAGACGAAAGCUCUCUCGGUGCUGGACGAGUCGAAUAAAGCCAAAAAUGCAAUUUAUGGAAUUGAUAAUACUCAGUCGGCAACAAGUGCUUUCGUCAGCGAUAUCUUUGGAAAGAAGAUUCAGGCAGCUAGUGCUGGCAUCGGGCCAUUAAUCAACAGUGCUACUACUUUAGUUUCUUCAGCUGCCCAGGGUCUUGUGGGAGCUGUGGCACAGAAGGUUGCACCACUUAGUUCAAUUGUUGGUGGUCUUUCAGGAGGUUCAUCAGGAGGAUCAGGUGGCGAAGGUGGCGGUUCAGCUGGAGGUGCGCUAAGUAUUUUGACGAGCUUGAGCGGCAGUAGUGGAAGUCUGAGUGGUGGAGCUGGCAAUAACGAUGAUGAUAUAAAGUCAAGUGGUGGUGCGGGUGCAGGAAUAAAUCUCGGGGCGUUCGCCAAUGUGGGUGGCGGCGGUGGGAUACACACCACUACUGAGGAGGAUAUCCCUGAGUUUGACAGGAAUAAAGUCUCGCUGGAUGUACCACCACAGGCCUUUGGUACUGGAUUCACUGUUAUUACGAAUCUCAGCAGAGCUGUUGGAAAAUUUAUCCAAAACUCUGCAAAGCGGACAGAGCGACUGUUUGAAGCUUUUAAGCCACUCUUCAGAGGCGGGUUUGCGAUAAAAGGUCUCCCAUCGGACAGGACGUGAUGAAAAUAUAACACAAAACACUGAAUUAAAUAAUCAGAAUUCUGUUAAACGUUUUUAUCCUUAUGGAUUACGUGGGACUACACAUCCAUAAAAGACAAAGACGCAGGCAGAGAUCAUAUAAGUUAAUUAAAACAUUCCAAAUAAUCAGAUUAAGGAAUCGAUCUGGUGCCAUAGGGAUUUGUCCUCUAUUGCUCAUUUAAAGUACCUCUUCUUGUUGUUAAUAAUUUUUAUUUAUUUCUUUCGAGAGGGAAUAUUUUAUUGAAACGAAUAAACUCAAUUGAUUG